AUGUAUAGAGGAGACAUGAACAAUAAUAAUAAUGAUUAUAUAAAUAUGGGUUUGGACGAAAUCAUCUCCAGAAAGAGGAGCAAUCAAAUAAAGAGGAAUAAGAACCAAAUGAAGUUCAACCGGGAUAGUGUUAUUCGCAAGCCUGGAGUGGCUUAUCGUGGCAGAAACGACUAUGUAAAGCAACAGCUGAAUAACAGAAAUGGUCGUUCGGCCAGAAUGAUGCAAAACCGCAUUCAGGACAGAAGAAGCCGCAACAUGGAAGGAAACUGGAAGCAUGAUCGUUUUUCUGGAAGAGCUCAGGGUGCUGCACUUCCUCAACAACCUGCUCCUCAAAGAAUCGCACCAGCUCCAGUGACGUUCGAAGUCGCCACCCAGGUGUUUUUCGGAGGAUUAGACCCCUCUGUUGAUCGGGAUGUGUUGGAAAAGCUUUUCGGCAGCGUACCGAACAUGGUGUCUAUACUCAUGGAUACGGAUAGCGAAAACCAUUUCAAAGGAACCGGAGCAGUGACGUAUUCGAACCGCACCGAUGCAGAGAAGGCGAUCCAGACAUUCGACAAUCAGCGUUUGGAUUGCAAUGGAAUCUCGAUGACAAUGCGUGUACGUAUGAUUGGAACCGUCGUGAACGUGAACAAUAACAACAAUAACAACAAUAACAACAACAACACGCAGUCUGCUGAUCCGAACGGGCUGCACAUGGCUGCCAUGGACAAUCCGAACGACCCCCGCUUUGGACCCGAUUUUGUACCUGUCGAUGCCUAACCAAGAGCACGUAAAUGGCAAGAAU